AUGACAGAAUCUAUCUAUCUAUCUAUCUAUCUAUCUAUCUAUCUAUCUAUCUAUCUAUCUAUCUAUCAGGCAUACAGAUUCAACACUGAUAAUUGUGAUACAUUGAACUUCUAUCUAUCUAUCUAUCUAUCUAUCUAUCUAUCUAUCUAUCUAUCUAUCUAUCAGUCCUUUCAAAUCUAUUUCAGUCUUCACUUUAAGUUUAUAUAUCACUGUAUGUUCAUCUAUCUAUCUAUCUAUCUAUCUAUCUAUCUAUCUAUCUACUUCAGUCCCUUCAAAUCUAUUUCAGUCUGUUCAAAACUAAGCUAUCUAUCUAUCUAUCUAUCUAUCUAUCUAUCUUCAAAUCUAUUUAAUCUCUUCAAAUUUAUAUAUCACUGUAUGUUCAUCUAUCUAUCUAUCUAUCUAUCUAUCUAUCUAUCUAUCUAUCUAUCUAUCUAUCUAUCUCAGUUCAUAUCUAUCAAUCUAUAUACUUAUAUAUAUCUAUAUAUCUCAGUUCACAUCUAUCUAUCUAUCUAUCUAUCUAUCUAUCUAUUUAUCUAUCUAUCUAUCUUACUUACUUACAGAUUCAAUAAUCUAUCUAUCUAUCUAUCUAUCUAUGUAUCUAUCUAUCUAUCUAUCUAUCUUAUUCACAUCUAUCUAUCUAUCUAUCUAUCUAUCUAUCUAUCUAUCUAUCUAUCUAUCUAUCUUACUUACAGAUUCAACAAUCUAUCUAUCUAUCUAUCUAUCUAUCUAUCUAUCUAUCUAUCUAUCUAUUACAGUCCCUUCAAAUCUAUCUAUUUCAGUCUGUUAAAACCUAAACUAAUCUAUCUAUCUAUCUAUCUAUCUAUCUAUCUAUCUAUCUAUCUUACUUACUUACAGAUUCAACAAUCUAUCUAUCUAUCUAUCUAUCUAUCUAUCUCAGUUCAUAUCUAUCAAUCUAUAUACUAUAUAUAUCUAUAUAUCUCAGUUCACAUCUAUUUAUCUAUCUAUCUAUCUAUCUAUCUAUCUAUCUAUCUAUCUUACUUACUUACAGAUUCAAUAAUCUAUCUAUCUAUCUAUCUAUCACUAUUAGACUCCAAAGUUAACAAAACAACUUUGUCGAAUUCGUUGAAUAUCUAUCUACCUGUCUAUCUAUCUAUGUUAGUUUGUUUCUAUCUAUCUAUCUAUCUAUCUAUCUAUCUAUCUAUCUAUCUAUCUAUCUAUAUUAGUCUGUUCCGACCUCUGUCUCUCUCUUUCUCUGUAUAUGCGUGUGUGUGUGAGUAUGUUCCUGUCUAUCUAUCUAUCUAUCUAUCUAUCUAUCUAUCUAUCUAUCUAUCUAUCUAUUUUAUUCUGUUUCUAUCUAUCUAUCUAUCUAUCUAUCUAUCUAUCUAUCUAUCUAUCUAUCUAUCUUAG